AUGGAUUCUAACAUAGAGGAAACGGAGCUGGACGUCGGAUCCGCGAGCGACGAACUCGAGUCCUCGAUCCCGGAGUCAAAGAUCACGCGACGACCGACACCGAAACCGUUCACGAUCGAAAGCUUGAUCGGGAAUUGUGCAACCCAGAAAGGAAACUGCGAACCUGGCACGCAGGAAGAGCGAACGAACGAGAACGAGGAGGACUCGGAUCGAGAGAGGGAAUACCUUUAUCAGAGACAUUAUUUGGCGACUGCGGCGGCGAACGCGCUACCCCCAGGAUUUGGUGUGCCCCUCGGUCUUUACGGAGCAUGGCUACCGAUGCGGAUGUACGGCAGCAGCGGGACUUCCGGCGUCCCAAUGUUACCGGCGCACACCUCAGCCAGUUACCCGUCUCACCAGGAUCUUUAUCAGAGCCGAUUGUCGCAGCAUCUUGGGCCCGGAGCUAAUCAUCUUCAGGGCGCAGCGUACCCAACCGGUUGUCAGCGUACUCCGAAUCAUCGUUGUUCGACGAGCUUCACGGACAGCGAGGACGAUGGUAGCAUCGACUCGCCAGCGUCGCCUGCUCAUGAUCUUUCUAAAUCACGGCACGGAUCGGAGAACGGUCGAGCAUCAGCGGAAAGCGACGACGAAGGCGGAGGACUAAGCGUCGCGGACAGUCACGACGCAGGGGACGCGAUAUCCAGCAACGCGUCCAGCAACGUGAGUCCUGGCGGGUCCCUGGAGAACGGUCAGAAUAGUUCAACAACCGGGUCCAGCAACAACAAAGCGAGGCGCAGACGCACAGCUUUCACGUCCGAGCAGCUGCUAGAAUUAGAACGAGAGUUCCACGCGAAAAAAUAUCUCAGUCUCACUGAGAGAUCCCACAUCGCCCACGCCUUGAAGCUUUCGGAGGUCCAAGUGAAGAUCUGGUUCCAGAAUCGGCGAGCCAAGUGGAAAAGAGUGAAGGCAGGUCUGAGCGGUGGAGGAGUUGGCACCGGCGCGACCAGCAUGGCGGCCGCUGGAGCUGCCAGCAGGCACAACGGAGCGUCGGGGCAGCAUUCAGGGAACGGUACCAGAAUCGUGGUGCCUAUUCCAGUGCACGUGAGUCGUUUAGCAGUGAGGUCGCACCAUCAUCAUUUGGAGAAGUGUGCCAGGCCACCCAGAGUCAGGCCCACCAGCGACAGUCCAGCAUCCACUACGUCUUCGUCGGUUCUAGGCGAUGCUCUUGGACUGGUUAAUUCGUCCAUCAACUUAACUGGACAGGUGCAACCGCCGAUGAGUAGCGGUGUUGGAAUUGGAGUCGCUGUUGGUUUGAGAGCAUUCACUGUGCCACCUCAUCGAGGGGGGCUCAGCUCUUCCGGGAGGUAG